AUGAUCAAGAGGCGGUUUUAUAGGUUGGAACAUGGUGACAAAGAUGAAGCAUCUUCAGAUUCAUCUUCGUCCUCCUCCUCUGACUCUGAUGUUGAAGCAGAAUCAUCUGACGAAUCAGCUCAUGAUGCAACUGCUGAAGACGUUAAUCAGCAAGAUGUCACUUCCCCUGCUUCAUCUGGAUAUGAAAGUGAGGAAAGCUCUGCCGCCGAGGUCAAUGAGGAUACAUCAGAUUCAGAAGUUGAAGAUGAUUCAUCUGAAGACGACAAGCAAACCCGUAUCUCAGCCAAGUUAUCUGGUAGACCCUAUGGCAAACCACUCGGUAGACAGUCCAAAAAUACUGAUGAAAAGGAAUCAGAACCAGUUGAUGAUAUGCCAGAUUGUGUACUACAGGUUAAGUCUGUAUAUAGGUGCAGAAUCUGCCCUCGAAUCAUUUGCUUAACUGAUCAGACUAUGCGUGUCCAUUUGAAAUCCAAGAGACAUGCUCGCUCUGAGAAGCAACUGAAGGAGAAUAGGCUGAAGACCGCCCUGAAUAGUGAUGGUGAGAUGGAGAACCAGGAGACCCCAGCUGAGAUGAACGCUCGAAUUGUAGCCCUUGCAGAAGAGAAAACAAAGAGGAAGAAGAACACAGGGAGACAGCGGCAAAGGAACAGGUUGAGAAAGAAGAAAACCGGAGAUGAUACGGUGGUGGUGGAGAAGAAAACUGAUGUGGUGGCGGAGAAGAACAAGAAGGAAUCCACGGAAGGCCUCGCGAGGAAGAGACGAAAGAAAUGA